AUGCUGCGGAUACGCCCGGCGGCCGAUGAACCAUCGCCGCCGCCGACAACGUCAUCGCUCAGCUGGCGACGCGUGCUUUUAACGCUCCUCUCGUACAUCCUCUUCUUUACAGACGUGCCGCGGAGCGGGUACGGGUUCGCGUCCCUCCCAAACACCUACAUUCGCCACGCGCCCGACGCGGCGUCGUACUUUGGCCCGUACGCCUACCUCGUCCUCAACGCGACGCGUCAACCCAAUGGUACGGUUGCGGGCGUCGCGUCGUCCGGGCCCACGUCCACGGCGCGUGUGUGGAGCUACAAGUUUGAUACGACCUCGAUCGGUCUCCGCGGGCUCGUGGCCGCGCACAACAUCUCGGGCUGGGACCCGUGCUUGCUGUACGAGUCGGCGUGUCCCAACUUGACGCUCAGUGUCGCGUCCGUGUGGCGCUUGCUGGAGAGCACCGUCGACGCGCUGGCGCCAUCGCCCGCAGGCUGCCGCAGCGUGAGUUCAUUUCGCGACAACAUGGACGACUUUGUUGAUUUUGGGCCGCUCGAGCACGUGCACUACCGGUCGACGGUAACGCAAACCUUGGAGACGCCGAUGGACCUCUGUCACUCGGGCCAUCGCCUCCCGUUCUGCAACGCGCCGUGGUCCAACCUCAGCACGUUUGGCUACAAGAAGGUUUCUGUCAUCAGCGCUCACAUCCAGGCGCGGAUGCUAGCGCGCCGACGCACGAUGGAUCUCACUUCGCAGCGCAUGGACGUUGUCGUGAUCGACUCGACCAUGGACGUCCAGCGCUGGCGAGGCAGUCUCACGCACGUCGACGCAUUCAGCUGGGACGCUGUCUCGCUCCUCCGGGUGCAAAAUUGCUCGGAGAUCUGGAACGCAUCCAGCUGCCGCACCAUCGAGCUCGUCGACUACCGGUACGAAGCCGGUAUGCUUGGCUCGAACGUCGUCUACUACUACAAGCUCGUGCGAUUGCUUCGGAUCGUCGCCCAAGUGUACAAUAUUGUCCGCGUUCUCGCACUCUUCGGCGGCUGCUACGCGGCGACGCGGCGCCACACGAUCUCAGGUUCGCGAUGGCUCGCGGCGCUAGGCCUCUUCUUUCGCAUUCCUGGCCAAGUGGUCAUUUACGGCAGCUGGUUUCCAGUCAUCCUCUUUGUGUUCGCGCACGCCUCGGACGCGACGCUGCUCUAUCUGUACAUUUCCAAGAGCUUUGUCGCACUGGAUGGCACCAUCGACACGAGCUUUUCGAAUUUGUAUGGUCUCAUGACGCUCCUCACGUGCCACAUGCGCAACGUGUGGGUCCUCAACCUCGUGGCCAAGGGGUAUUUCUACCUCCGCCACUCUGGAUCGCACGCAAAGAAGGGGUGGUCGCGCCACCUCGUAGGUCUUCGCGGCUACUUGUUGCCGCUCGUGUCGCUCGUCUCGGCCGUCUUUGACGUGCGCUGGAACGCGCUGCGCAGCACCGAGAUCCUUGCAUCGGCCCCGAUGCUCGUACCGAGCAGUGUCCAAGCCACCAAGCACAUCGGGCUGGGGGGCGUGCGCUCGGUGCACGCGACGUCGUCCGUGCCGUACAUUGCGCUCGUCCACUGCAACCUCUCGAUGUUUAGCACGUCGUGGCGGACGCUCUUUCUCGAUCGGACGCUCGGCCGUUCGAUGAGCACGCAGCUGACGCUUCCCCAAGAAAUUGAUGAAGACCAUAUCGACGAAGCACGGAUGCUCAUGAACAUUACGUGGAUGACCGACCCGAUCGAGUGGCUCCUCUUGCGUCUGUGGCGCUGCCCGAUCGUCAACAUCUACCGACACGCUACGACGCGACAAGUGCUGCACCAUCCGCUCGGAAAGCUCGACCUCGAAGACGUCGAUGACCACACGCUUCUGGAUGCACGCUACGAGUGCAUUGGCCAGCAAGACUUGAACGCACUGGCGUGGUGCGACCGAAUCCAGUGCCAUUAA